UUGCUGGACGAGAGCAAGGCCGCCUACCACGUGGGCACGACCCGCGUCACUCAAGAGAAGGACAGCAGUUACGAGUCCGGUUCCUUUGCCAUGGGUUGCGCCCUGGGUCGGCAUGAACUAACGGUGCUGCUGGACGGCACCGGGGCUUACUGUUCGCUGAAUGGACUUUACCUCACCGACGAUACCCAGCACAUGGACAAUUUAAUCUCUAUCGACCAUGCCCACCCCAACGGCACCAGCCGCCUGUAUUACAAAGGCAUCCUGGACGGCCGAUCCCGGGCGGUGUUCGGGGGUACGGUGCUGGUGCGGCAGGAUGCGCAGAAGACCGACGCCCAGCAGACGGACAAGAACCUGAUCCUGUCCGAUCGGGCCGAGGUGGACAGCAAGCCCAGCCUGUUGAUCUACGCCGAUGACGUUAAGUGUGGCCACGGCGCCACGGCCGGUCAUAUUGACGACGAUACCCUGUUCUACAUGCGGAGCCGCGGCAUAGACCCGGAGACGGCAAGCCAGAUAUUGAUUCAUGCCUUCGCCAGGGAUAUUAUCGACACCGUUGCCCACGAGCCAGUGCGGGAGUACCUGGACCGGUUGUUCCUCGACACGGUCAGCGGCAAGACGAUUUCCGGCCUGGGCGACAGCAACCCCGGUUCCCGCCAGCGCCAGGGAGGUGCCUAG